AUGGCGACCUCGAGCGCGGUCGAGGCGGCGGACGGGAGCGACGAUGACGACGGACGGUGGUGGGCGCGUCUGGUGCCGGCGAGCGAGGACGCGAUGGCGGCGACACACGUCGAUCGCGCGGAGAUGGGCGCGACGCGCGCGCGCGCGGUGGACGGGCAACGACGGGCGAUGAAGCUCCGAUUGAAGAGCACGGUGAUCGGACGGGUGGUGAUGAAUCGCGAGGGCACGGCGAGGGCGCGAGGGCAACCGGCGGAUUUAGCGCUGGAGGUGCCGAGCGUGAGCGCGAAGCACGUGGUGGUGACGUGUGAGGUGAAGGAUGCGUCGAAGUGGCCGCCAGAGUUUGACGUGAAGAUUGUGGACGUGUCGAGGAACGGGGCGAGUCUGAACGGCGAACGCAUGGAGAAGGACAAGUACUACGCCCUGGCGGAUGGGGACAUGUUGACGCUGCCGUUUCAGUUGGAUUACAGGUUCGAGCUGAAUCCGGAAGGGACGGUUCCGAGAGCGACGCGAGCGCCGAUUGAGGAGACGGCGACGCCGUUGCAGAAGAAGCGGGCGUCGCCGGCGUCGGCGUCGGCGCGGGACGACGCGGCGAAGCGGACGCGCGAUUCGGACGUCAUCGGUUCCAGUGGGCCCGUGACGGAGCUCGAACAGAAGCUGCGAGAGAUGAACGAGGCCAACGAGAAGCUUCGUACGCUCGUCCAAGAACUCCAAGGCAAUAUUGAGCAGAAGGAGAAGCGCGAGACGGAGCUGGUGGCCGAGCUGGAGCGUACCAAGGCGUCGAGCGACGAACAACGACCUCAAGUCGACCUCGUCGAGAACGAGGCGCUGGUGAAAGAGCUCGAGGAAACGCGCGCGCAGCGAGACGAGGCGAAAUCCAAGAUUGAGGUCGAAGCUAGGGCCAGGGCAGACGCCGAGGAACGUGUCGAGGCGCUCGUCGGCGAAAAGGUGGAGCUCGAGACUAAGCUUCAGAGUAUCGAGACCGCGCAUCGCGACGCCACGUCGGCUUUGGAGAAGCAGCACGCGGACGCUAUCGCUAAUACGCACGCGCAGAACGCUGAGACAACGGCAAAGCUCAACGAAGAAAUCACAACUCUCAAGGCGCGCGUCGCCGAACUCGACGAAGCGCAGGCGCCUCUCAGACACGAGCUCAAGGUCGCGAACACGCGCGUGCAGCAGAGAGACGAGCACAUACUUGAUUUCCGGAAAUCGGCAAAAGAGCUGUAUGCGCUCACGCUUCACAUGAGUAAAAUGAACGAAAAGUACGAUGAGAUGCUGCAAUCCGAGAUUUGCGCCGAAAACGCUGAGGGCGACGCUACCGAAGACGAGGGCGAGGCCAAGAGCGAUGAAGACGGUUUCGACGCUCCGGACGCAAUGAAACCACCCUCUGACAGUGUCUUAGCCGACGUACACUGUCCUCCCUCGGAGCCGCAGGAACCUGCGAUAGAGAGAGACGACGAGGAGACGAAGGGCGACGAGGCCGCCAUGGAGGAGGAGGCGGAGAACGAGGAGGCCACCGCCGCCGCCACGCCCAAAUCGCCGCCACUUCGAUCCGUCUCCGGGAAUACCCCGCGCUCGAGCUCUCGCUCGCCAAAACGAGGCAUCGUUCGCGACAGCGAAGAUGUCAUUCCCAUGAACGUCUUCGAAGGUUGA